AUUUUCAAUUCGAUUGGUAUGCAUAAAAAUGAAGAAAAUAUAAUCUAAUCACGAAUAAUUCUUAUAUAUAACAUUAAUAAAUUUCGCUUCAAAAUCUAUUACUCAUAUUGAUAUAUCUACAAGGAAAAUGAGAGUAGGGGAAAAAGUUAUACUUUUUCGAUUUGGUACAAUUUAAAUACCAGAUAUUUUAUGCGUGGGGAUAAUUAUCUUCUCACCACUUAUAAUCUUAAAGGGAGAUAAAAAGAUUGUAAAUAAGCGGGCAUCUCGAAUAACUAGGGCUAAAGAUGGCGUAGGUUCGUUAUUUGCGAAUCAAUUGGCACAUUUCAAAUUGAUUCAAUUAGUUGCCGCGAAAGAAUUCGCAAAGAUAGGUGACAGAAACACAGAGCGCUCUGCUCGAAAGGCAGUCCAACUCCGAGCAAGUUGGGACUUGAACGAACUCAAGACAACUUGAGAGCAAACGUACAUACAUCGUGUCAGGGGGGUUGCGCGACACGAUUUCUCUGUUUUAAUUCUUUUACGUAACCUUGCGAUUUCGGUAUGUGGAAAUUCGUAACUCGUGGUAUUCGGGAGACAUUGGAACGCCGUGCUUGUCGAACAAAUGUUUACUCGCAAACGUCGCAAGAUGGUAACUCCUCGAGUGAGGUUAAAACGGGCCUCGCGUGCAACUACAAAUUCCUCCCUCCUGCAUUCGUUACUUACAAGAGUGGAUUCUGUGGAUACGUUAGGGAUAAAGGAGCUAAGGGCGAACGACGUAAUUCACAAUGGAACGCAAAACGCACUUGGACCGAGGCUGUUGGCUGGUCGAGCGUACUGGCAGUUGGAUGGGUCGUCUGCCAGUCGCUGUGUCUUCACAGAAGAUUGUUUAGUAAAGAUCCAGAGGAGGCCUCGAGCAAUAAUAUUUUGCAAACAAAAGAGCGGAAGAUUUCUUACCUACUGGCACAAAUUUUAAGUUUACAACCGCAGCACGUUUUACCAGUGACUAAUUGUGUCGGAAAUAGUAAUAAUAAGACAAACGAUGAUAACGUAUCGGAACAACAAUGGAGAGCCAGUAAGCCAUUUGGACCUAUCACUGUUGAAGAGGCUCUACAGGAAGCAGCAAAUGAAUUUGCUCAAACACAUAUAACAGCCAUGGGAGAAUAUGCGCUCCUUCAUGGGAUAAAAGCACUAGAAGACAAGCGUUACAAGGAUGCUCUUGAGCAUUUUUCAGAAGGUGCCAAGUUCUCAUCUCCUGGAAGUAUAUUUAAUCUGGGUUUGUGCCAUGAAUUAGGAUUGGGAACUGUUAUCGAUUGCGUAAAGGCUGCAAAGUACUAUGAAGAAGCUGCUAAUAAAGGUCAUGCCGAUGCAAUGUAUAAUUUAGGUGUAUAUUAUGCUCAAGGAAGAGGCGGAGUCUCUAUGGAUCUCAAUAGGGCUCGUUCGUUGUUCACCAAUGCCGCUCAACUAGGACAAGUCAAUGCUCAACAUGCUCUUAGUUUAGAAAAAUCUAUAUCUAACUGUAAGCAUAGCAAUAUGUCUGCCACUACUAACGUUAGUAAUCAGCGGGUAGACAGAGUCAAGGAUUCUAUUUGUAGUAAAAACAGUAUACUCGAUCAGUUAACUGAUAAUGAAAGUGAAUACAGUUUUGACUUGAAUGCAUCUUCCUCCGAAAGAAUACAGGAAAUCCAUGAUUCAACAAAACUGUUGCUAGAUUUUCUAGGUUUACAUGACACCAAUCCAGUACCUAUCACUGUAAGUUCUCAAGAAAACCUAGCAUACUGAAGGUUUUAUGAGUAAACUAUACAUGGUCAAUAAUAACAUAAUUAGCUAUUUUAAAAA